AUGGACCUCACCGACCAACUAAGGUCCUUCAUCCUCUCCCAAUCCCUCCCACCACCAUCAUCAUCCCUCCUAACCUCACUCACAACUGCACGCAACCCGCCGCCGCCACUCCCUUCCCUGGUCGCCACCGCCCGUGCCCGGCUGCUAGCAUGCGACCUGUCAUCUAGCUCCCUGGUCGACUCGUUGUCCAUGACGGCCCUGCCGUCUUCCGCAUGCGAUCCGUCCACCAGGGAGAUGUGUCUGGCUACGAGCGUGCACGUCCAGGUCGUCGACGUGGAGAACCUUAGCCUGAGUCGCUGGGAUCAGGCCGAGGAGCUCGAGUCGAUCGAGAGGGGCGAGCGCACCCAGGGAAGACAGGUCAUCCGCGUCGAGGAUAAUGACGAUGGUGAGCCAGCAGGUGGUGGUGAUCAGACACAGCAGCGGGCUGCCGGGGGAGGAGGAGGAGCAGGAAAGAAUGCUAUGCAUAGACUUACACUGCAGGAUUGUAGUGGUACUCGCAUAUAUGCCCUCGAGGUGUGGCGUCUGCCGGUCGGUCUAAAUACCACGGUUAUUGGGGAGAAGAUCCUCCUCAAGGCUGGAACCCUCAUCGCUAGAGGCACAGUGCUGCUCACCCCCGACUGCUGCGUCUUUCUGGGAGGCAAGAUUGAUGCUUGGAAUCGGUCUUGGGCUGAAGGGAGACUGGCAAGGCUCAAGGAUUCAGUGGGAGCUAAUAUAUAA